CGCCGCCUGAAAUUGGCUAUAUGCCAUAUAGUUUCCCCCCUAUAAAGGCGACUUGCCGGAUACCCGUUGGAAACCACGAGGAACCAUUUACCAAGAAUAAACGUGUAUUGUGAGUACUCGUCGUGUUUGAUACAACCGCCGUAAAUGGAUCGUGUAGGCAGAGUAGACUGCACCGUCCAAUAAUCGGACCGAAUGUACAUGUUGGUAGUGUUCGCGACAUCUAACGGUAGAUCAUAGUAGAAUCAAUUGGCAACUUGCUCCGACAUUUUACCACGGGAAGCGCCACUGCACAGAGGCUUCGACGCGACAAAUGAUUUUUGCCAGAUUAUCUAUUACUUCUUAUAACAAAGGUGGCAAGAAACAAUCUUUUUGUUGUCGAUGUACAUAUUCGUACUUAUAUGGUUCAAUUUGAGAAGAACAAGCUGAGCACUCUUGUUUCGGAAGAUGGUCAGUGUCAGUCAGUGGUAGUCAAUGUUUAAUUUGUCAGAUGAUCCGUCAAGCGUAAACAAUUGCGAACGGAAAGAACAAACUGGAUCAAAUAAUGAAUCCGAAGGUGGAGAAUGUAACGAUUCUUGACAAGUAUAGUAACAACCACUCUGUCGGAACUCUUUUCUUGACUGAACCUCAUCUUAUAUUCACUGAACGAAAUGGGAAGAAGAAAAUUUUUGUUCUAUGUACACAUAUUUCAAGUAUAGAAAAGCAACCAUUAACAACGACAGGUUCACCGCUGUGUAUCAAGUGUAAACACUUUUUUAUUGUAACAUUUAUUAUUCCAAAAGAACGAGAUUGCCAUAAUAUAUAUCAAACAUUAUCCAAGCUGUCUUGCCCUGUGACUUUAGAGGAUCUCUAUUGUUUUAAUUACCAACCGAGAGACGACACCCUACCGCAGCAUGCAGGAUGGAACUUUUUUAAUCUGCAAAGCGAGUUUCAGAGACAGGGCCUUCCCAAUGAAGAAUGGUCUCUGUCUUAUUUAAAUACAAACUACGAGCUUUGCGAUACUUAUCCCAAGUAUUUGUAUGUUCCCAGUACAAGUAACAGUGGUACUUUGAUAGGUAGUGCAAAGUUUAGAAGUAGAGGCCGACUACCAGUUUUAACGUAUCUACACUCCAACAAGGCUGCCAUUUGUCGAUGUAGUCAACCAUUAUCGGGAUUCAGUGCUCGAUGUCCCGACGACGAACAGAUGAUGUACAAUAUAUUGUGUACAAAUCCCAAUUCCAAGUACAUGUACGUCGUAGAUACAAGACCGCGUAUCAACGCCUUUGCCAACAAAGCUGCGGGCAAAGGAUACGAGAAUGAGAAUUUUUACGAUAAUAUAAAGUUUCAAUUCUUCGGUAUCGAAAACAUACAUGUAAUGAGGACCAGUCUGAACAAGUUGAUAGAACUGCAAAGGGCAACUUCUAUGACUGCGUUUCUAAGUGGUUUGGAAAGCAGUGGAUGGCUCAAGCACAUCAAAUCUAUAUUAGAAGCUGCUUGGUUCAUUGCUCGAGCCGUAUCGAACGGAGUUAGCGUGGUAGUGCAUUGUAGCGACGGCUGGGAUCGUACUGCUCAAGUUUGUUCGCUCAGCGCGCUCUUAUUAGAUCCAUUUUACAGAACGAUUCAAGGUUUUCAAGCGUUGAUCGAAAAAGACUGGCUGUCGUUUGGACAUAAGUUCAGCAACCGUUGCGGUCACAUUAGCUGUGAUGGUAAAGAAUUAGCACCAAUUUUCACACAGUUCAUUGACGCGACGUAUCAGCUGUUGCAGCAGUACCCACACAAAUUUCAGUUCAAUGAGUUUUUUCUGUUGACUCUUCACGAUCACGUACAUAGCUGUGAGCAUGGUACUUUCAUAGGAAAUUCUGAAAAGGAGAGACAAAUGCUUAGAGUAUCGGAGAGAACGUAUUCUCUAUGGGGACGUAUGGCAAAUGAUAUGCACGAGUACAUAAAUCCUCUCUUCAAAUGUAGUCGACUUAACGACGAGUCUAGCAACGUUUUACAACCCAAACUGGCUGCACAGAGCAUCAUUUUAUGGCGAGGAAUGUAUUUCAGAUUUGAAAAUGGUAUUCACCCUAGAGAAACUUACGAAGAUUACUUGCUCACCAUGCACGAUCAUACUAGUUGCCUGGAAGAUCACGUUAAGCUUCUUGUAAAGAGAGUAGGCGCCUUGAAUUCGACUCUGAAUUUGAACAAUGUUCAGAACAAAGGUAUACAAGGAAAACACAAGUACGAUAAUAAGUAUACUAAAGAGCCUUUGUCCGAAACAAUCAUGGAAAACACAGCAAAUCACGAGGAAAAGAAUAAAAAUAAAGUAGAAAUUAGUAAUUUGGAACACGAAUUAGAAACAGUUGCCUUGGAUUGGAAACCAGCGAGAAGCAUCACAGAAUGUUCGUGUUCUACUACGUUUGAUGCGUUCAAUCGAAAGCAUCAUUGCUGGUCAUGCGGCGAGGUGCAGUGUAUCAGAUGUAUGGGUGCGCAUACAAUUCUCUCUGGCCAUCUUUCGCAACGUUCAGUACCCACUUGCCAGUCAUGUACUCAGGGUUCCAGUAUUCAGUCUACUAGUCCCUAAGUCCCUAAGUGAAAUUUUUCUCUAAGCACUUUAAUUUGUGAUCUGUACCUAAGAUGUAUGUAUGUUAAUUAAGCAAUGUGUCGUUGAGGUAAAUCGAAGAGACGAAAAUUCAUAUAUUACUUUUUAAAUAAAUGUUCGCUUUGAACAUUCUAUUAUAUAUUUUGCAUUCAUAUCUUUUUUCUUUUAGAACAUGUUGGACGUCGAAUAAGAAAACAGAUACGAAAACUAUUACGAAUAAAAAUACAAUUUUAUUUUAAUUGUCGAUUGUUGUAAAUCGAGUUCUAAUAUGAGUAUCGUUACUGUUUUUAUCGUGCUCACGUUGUUGAAUUAAAUCAUUUUCUAUGAGAACAAUCGAAUAAAAUUGGUAUAUAUAUUAAC